GAGAGCUAAUCACACAAUCAAAGAACAUUUGGCUAAAGUAAUACAAAAAUGAAGUGCGCUGAAGAUGCGCUGCCCUUGGUGAUGUUUUACAUCAGAUCAUCACCCACUGAGCUCAUUGGUUUAACUCCCCAUGAGCUGCUGACAGGAAGAACCAUACCCUGACCUUUCACCUCCUCUCUUCAGUCAGGGUGUGCACCCAGUCUGGAUCACAGAGAGAGCAACUGACAUGUUCAACUAUUCUAAUCUGCUGUGAAGUUUUUGUCUCAUAACACACAGGAGGCUCUAACCAAAGAACUAACGGGAGAAACAAACUCUGGAUGAGGGCAAAACUAAGGUAAGCAGAUCAUAUAGCAGGAAGGGAGAGACGUCCGCCAAAGGAAACCUCAGAGAAAUCAGAAAGCACCUGAGGAAGAACAUAUGAAUAGGUUCGAUUGAAUAUCUUUUGACUUAACAUUUCAUUUCCAGCUAACACAUGAAAAAUGUGCUUGUGAAACUAAAUUAAUUUAUUCCAGAAACCAUAACGUCAAAAGGUAAGAUUAACUCAUCUUUUUGUUUUCAACUAACAAAAUACAAUUAUGUGGAACCUGUUUCAUACAUUUUGAGUGGGCUGUGUUACUUCAACAGAGGGAACGUGAUAAAGAAGUAAUCAAUAAAAAUUCUAUUUGUCGGGUUAAAGCUUGAAGGAGUAUGUCCUGGUAAAUUUGAAAUAAAAAAAAAGUUUAUUUCUCUGAAUGUGGGAAAUUGUGGAAUAAACUGCAUGAAGGGUUAAAGGAGUGCUCAGCUAUUUAAUCAAUUCGAAUAACUUCAUGAAAAGAAAUUAUAACUUCCUGUGUGUUUCUGGGUUAUUUAUUUAUAGAUGAUGAUGUUUGUAACUUGGAUUGUAAAUUGACUUGAUACAAGGCCUUGAACUUUUACUUGUGCUGAACAGAACUGAUUUGUGGGGAAUAAUUGCUUUAAUGAUUAAUAAUGAUUGCUAUUGACUGGACAGGAAAGCUGUGCCCUGGUUUCCCUCCCCAUCCAGGAUGCCCUGACACCGAUUGGCCCACUUCGUCAGGGGGAACCUUUCAGAAAACGUGUUUUUAAAUUUGAUAUGUCUGCUAGAAUACAAACUGCUUCCUAUUAGAACGAAUUCUAAUCUUAUAAAUGACACCAAGGCAAAACAGGAGUGACAGCUGAAGGCUGUGUAAACGGGAUGUUGAAAUUAUUUCUUGUCAAAUUACAAUAGCUAUGGAUAUGAUUCUAGCAAAAAGGAAAAAAUAAGGGUUGUGUGAUGUUUUUAGAGAGGCUUGUUGUUCAUUUAUUCUCAAAAAUUACAGCACCUGAUGGAUCUCUAAUGAAGGCCCUAAAUGACUUGCAAUCACUGUCCAUUGAAUUAAAAUCACACUCAGGAAUCGAUGAACAAUUCACAAAAUUGUUUGAGACAUGGUUUGGAAAAGGGGGAAACCUACUGGUGAGUAUAUUCACUUCACUGACUGUUGGGGUGAUCGCAGUUUAUGUAUGCUGUUGUGCAACGUGUAUUCCAGCUCUCAUCCUCAGGUGUAUUGAUCGUGCGAUUGGUUCCAGUGAUACCAGAGGUUUGAGAUUACCAGGAUAUCAAAUGGAUGUGGUGCUAGACCACACUGGUGUUGUCCACUGAAUAUUUAAGCACAAGCGAUGAUGUGGAUCCCAUGGAACCAAACCAAAGUGCUGGAGAAAUUAUGAUACUGUGCUAAGAGGAGGAGGACCAGACGACUGCAAUAGAUAAUUGAACAGGGUUUACAAUUCAGGAUCUACAAUAUACUGAUACACAUUGUGCUGCUCAUUUCCGCUGUGCUUCUAGCUUUUUAUUAUUUUUGUUGUUUUACAUUUUUCAACAGGGCAUUAUCAUCUAUUUGCGAUGUUUUAAUCAUUUAAAUUUCAGACACACAUGACAGGUCUGUUCUAUGGGAAACAGAGGGGGUGCACACACUGAGGGCUGCAGGCAGUUACCAGAGAGAUGGCACGCCGUUUGGGGGACGGAGUUAUGCGACGGACGGAAGGAACGGCCUCCCAUAUUCUAGCUUAGGACCAUAUACACUAGACACAUUGAUUGAUGUGAGGUGGGUUCUUCCCACCUCAACAGGGGGAUUGUUAUGGAUGUAUGAUUCUGUGGCCUUUUCUAAUUAUGUCUUUGCUGCCUUAAUUAAAUAUAUCUGCCCUUGUUGCUUAUCUUAUCACCGCUCACUGAUAUUUAGGGGCUAAGGUCUCUGCAGUGUUCACUUCUCAUAGGAAAAAUGAUAAUCGUUUUUUGUGGAAAAUUUAAAAACCGCUUAAUCACCUAUUUGCUAUAAUUACUGGUCUCUGAUGAGAAAAUCCAGUUAGCGCGUCGCAUGCGGCCACGAUCACCGCAGCCAUUUGUUAUUUCUGAAAAGCAUAUCUCUGAAUCACAUUUCAGGAGCAGUCCUGGCUCUCUGGCUUUUGCUCAAUGCAUUACAUAGUGGCGGUGUGUCUGCCCCUCCUUGUUUCUGGGAACUAAGGGAGCAGCAGAGACACCACCCACUGCAUCGCCUUCCUCCCCUCCUCCUCUUCCUCCGUUGUUCUUCACAGACAGCCGAGCUGAUCGCAGCCGCACAUCAUGUUUAUGAGGCGCAGCGUGAAGAAAAACACCUUCCCGUUGGAAUGAUCAGACACAGAAUCCCCCUGCUGGACCGGGAUUUGGACCUGUGCAUAAAAACGCGAGACCAAGAACCCGACAGCAUCAGCCGAACAUCAGCUCUGCGGUGAUUUGCAGCUCCAUCCCCCUCUCCUCUUCCUGCAGACCCCCCGGUGUGCACAACGCUCCCAUAACGUACGGAGAAACCCGUCUUAUCUUGAAAAAACAGGUUCUGUGGGACAGCAGCAGUUGCUUAUAGAGGAGAAGGGGCGGAAAGAAGAGGAUGGAGGCCCUGCUGCCGGUGCUGAAGAGCCACCCUGGCUUGUCGGUCCUGGUCUGCUCUCUGCUGUUCAGAGUGGCCCACCAGCUGCUGCAGAGGCUGCCCGUCCCGAAGGCGGUGCAGCAGGACGCCUUCCGCUCCUGGAAGUGGAAGAACCUCUCAGUGUCCAUGGUGCACUCGCUGCUGACUGGCACCUGGGCCCUGACCUGUGUGGUGAUCUGGCCCGAGACGCUUAGCAACAUCCAUAAAUAUCACACACCUCUGUCCUACCUGCUCAUCUGCGUCUCCACAGGAUACUUUGUGCAGGAUGCAGGUGAUAUCAUUCUGACGGGACACGCCAGAGGAUCGUGGGAGUUCUUACUCCAUCACGCGAUGGUGAUUUGGUGUUUCCUGUACGCCCUCUACACUCAGCUCUACAUCGCUGGGGCUUUGAUUGCCCUCUUCGUGGAGGUCAACAGCGUCACCCUGCACUUGCGGCUGAUGUUGAAGCUGGCCGACUUUCAGUCCUCCUCAAUGUACCACAUCAAUAAGUUCGCCAACCUCUUCACCUACGUCUUGUUUCGUCUAAGCACCCAGUUCUACCUCACCUGGUACAUCGUCCACAACUACUCCUGGCUGGAUCAUGGCGGAUACUUCUUCGUCACCAUGAUGGUAAUGAAUAUCAUGAUUGUGAUUUAUUUCUACCGCUUGCUGCGUGCUGACUUCUUUCCCCGAAGCAAGAGCUACGUAGGACAGAAUGGCACCCACAACAACAACACCAAGAAGUUUCUGAGUGACUGACCAGGAGAGGUUGACAGGACUGCACCAUGUUUUUAUUUAAGAGAGAAUUUCACAGAUUGUUUUAUGUUUUCACACUCACAAUUCUCGUAACAACAGAUUCACUGCCAAAGGAUAAACUCCCAACAUUUGGAGGAACAACAUGCCACAUUUUUCAGGUGCUGCUUUCCACAGAAAUUGUAAAGCAGGACAUUUUAAUGAAAUGUAACACUAGUUUAAGUAAAAACUGACAAACCCUUGAAAUUGUAAGGUUUUAGCAUACUGAACAAUGUUUUAUCAGUUUGAAUAUCUGAAAUGUGUUCUUAAAUAGUUUGUAAAAAUGUGAUCAGUAUGUCUCUUAAUCACUGUCCUACUACAUGGUACUAGGUAAGGUUGGCAGGACUCAUGCUUCAAGCUACUGAAAACCAAUUAUUCUGACUAACUUACCUAAAAAGUACCUAAAUAAUUAAUUAUACUGACCAGGAUAGAUAGUGAUAGCACUGAAUGGGAUUUAACAUUAACUUUGCAUAUAAGCACUGUGUGCUAAUGGUUCGUAUACUUACAUAAGAAGGAGGGAAAGAUGGGCUUUUGGGAAGGGGUGUUUUAAAGUGACAUAACAUUGACUAAAAGAUAACAACAAGCAGUCUAUUUUGCUUUGUAUGAACAGUGAUUUCUGUUUUAUUUUGAUCCCCUGAUGGUGUAUAGAGUUGAUAAAGGCCAACUUUAAAGUUAACAGUCAUGGUAGUCAUAGUUCAGUGCUUUGUAAAAGGCAUUAUUUAAUAAUGAAAAGAAAUGAUGACCAUCUCAUGUCUGUAAGCUAAAUACAAAGAACAUACAAGUGGAUUCCCAUUUAUAUUAAUACAUGGAAUGGAAAUAACCAGGUUCUGAGCCAUAGAAGAACAAAAUACACACACCUUUUACCAUUUUGUUUUCAGUGGAAGGACACUGAUCAGAGAAAACAAAACAAUAAUAAAAAAAAACACAUUAGCCUUUGAGCUUUAGAGAAGUAAAUGGAUGUUUCUUGCUUGGCCUUACAUGGACAAGGAUGUAUAAGUAUUUGGUCUCAGCUUGAUAAUCUGUAGCAUAGCUCUGACAGAAUUGUCCUCUAUUUUGGCUCACUGUAUAGUAUGGUAUGUAGUAACCUCAAAGUAGUACACAAAGGUUGUAUACUACUUUGUAUAAUAUGGAAAUAGAACUGUGUAAUAGUGUUGCCUUACUUGACUGAGCUUUGUAACGUUAACAUUAACAUGCUAACUUUAGCAUCUACAGCUAAGUAUUGUGAUUUUUCUAAAUGGUUAUAUUUACCCUGGAACUCUUACUCUCCAGUUAAUUGUCUGCCAUGCUGUGGUCAAGAGGUUUUCAAGAUUAGUAAGAAAAUGUGUCCUAUCGAAAUAUUUAAAUAUUUUACAUCAAGUCUUAACAGUAAAUAUGUAAUAUAUUUUGUAUACCAGUAUUGCACCAGGUAUUAUACUUUUUAAGUACAGUGACACUUAAGUAGAGCUCAAAGUGCAAAACAAUGACUGUAUCUACUAUUUUGACCUCUAUACAGUGAACACAAUAUCAGUGAGUGAAUGAAAGUUUGUACCUAACAAAGCCAGUAUGACUUAAGUUUACGAACUUUACAGUUUUUGAUCAGCUAUAAAUGUUUCCAAAAUGUCAAGUAAUUUAUUUUAUUAUACAUUUUAGAAUAAGUUAAAAAAAAGUAUUGUAUUCCUGAUAUUGUUAGCAUUUAUACGCUCAGAUAUCAAGCAAGCUAAAGUUUGCUCAGCGUUUCCCUAAAAAACUUCCUUUUAACUUUUUGAUAUGAUGUUAAUUAGUGAAAUGUAGUUAAUGUGUCAGGUAGUGAGUUUAAAGAAGAUGAUAAAUUACUUUUGGUUGCUUUUUACAAAUCAAUGUUUUCCUGUUAAUUUCCAGGCUAAAUGCUACAAGCUAGCCUUCUAUUUAGCCUACAAACAUGAGAAUGGUAUUGAUAUUUUCAGUAAACUCUCAGCAUCAAACCUUUAUAAUAAUUCAAGCAAAAAAUUCAAAACAUAUAAGAAUUACAGACAAAAGAACAAUUUAUCCUCUAAAGGUGCUUGGUGGAUUUUCUUAUUUAACGUGAUGUUGCUAAUGUUUGCGUCAGGUGGAUUGUUGCAUGCUAUUUUAAAUGGAUGCUAGAUGUAUUUACAGGAGAGGAACCGAAAUUGUUUGUAAUUUUUGUAUUACUUGCUGCCGGAAUGCUAAUAUUUUCUGGAAAUGUUAAACUUAUUCAUUGAAGUAUAUUUACAUUUACUUUAGUACAUGUAAUUGAAAUGGGUAAUUGUGUUUUGUCUGUUGCUUUUGUACAGCAAACUCACUAUACUGUAUGUUUCAAUAUAUUUUACGUCUGCAUGGGAAUAAAUCGUUUUGUUUUUUAGAUGAUUUUGACUAAUGUUGACAUUUGGAACUUUCUGGAUUUACAUGUUAAUAUUGUGUAAUUGUGUGGACCAAUCCUUCUGUCUCUAUGAAGUCAUUGCUUUAUUCAUGGCUGAAGAGAUGCUGGACAGGUCUGAGUUGCCCAGGACCAACUGAACUGCUUAAAACACUGUAAUGCAGGAUCAUUUGUGGUCCUUUUAUGGCUCUGUCAUAAAAUCUGUUGGUAUCUGACUCUAGUGGAGCUGAAGCUGGAUUUUCCUGCCGUCUGACAGAUGCUAAUCCGGAACCCUGAAAAAGCCUUUAUAUCAAGCAGGCAGCAGCACAACCAUGUGUGGUCAUACACUGUGUAUCUCUUUUGCUGGUUCGGAUAAUGAUGAUACUUUUGAGAUGAUCAACUUUUAAAGAUUUAGAUCAAAAUGUGUCUCCUCUUCCUCCUCUUUUCUCAGAAAUGGAUGUAAAGCAAUUGUAAAUAUUGUGCUCAAGUGUACAUACAUUUUUAUGCUUUUUUUUUUAAAGAUUUACAUGUCUGUUGUCUGUAAGUGGACUUUAUCAUUCCCAUAGUCAUAACUCCUGAUGACAGUAAAAUAUUUACUGACAAGUUUAUUGCCCGGACACAACAUUAGGCCGUCACCUUCCUAACACAGAGUCUUUCUCAUGGAGUUGAAACAUGGAAGGAACAAUGAACAUCUGAGGGUGUUUGCAGAGCAGGAUCCUGGGACAUAGCAAUAGAACUUUUUAAUUAUUUCAAAAAAGGCAUAAGGACGUUGCAAGUAUUAAAUCAGCGGGAUGCAACAGAAUAUACCAGUAUAACAAAAUGAGCCCUGUUACUUACUUUACCAGUCAAUAGUCAUAAUGUUGUGGCGGAUCAAUGUAAACUUCAUUUUCAAUUUCAAACAAUGCCAAGAAAAGAAAGCAGAGAGAGAGCUCACGUGCAUUUGACAUGUGCCAUAGUGCCUUCACACCAAAGUGCCUUUUGAAAAUAAGCAGAGAAUACAAUAAAUCUACAUUUACUAUACAAUGAAAUGAAGCAAAGAAAUUUGCAGUGAAAUUAGACAUUUGCUACAAACAGUUAAUUCACUUGACCAUGAGCACAAUAAUGUAAAUCUAUCUUGUAUUAAAGUAUCUAUAGCAAACCUGUCUUUCGAAUCAUUGAGUGAAUAAAAAAGUGUUUAAAAUCA